UUCGCUGCUCGUUUUUUGAUAAGCCAAUCUGGAAUAGACGACGAUGAGCCUGCUACUGCGCCAUUGACAGUAUAAACUUUCACGUCCAUCCUAGCUGCGCCAACUUGAAAAAGAAAAUUAAUUCCCUCAAACCGCGUCUCCAUGCCAGACCAAAAUCAAUCACAAUACGCAGCGGCAGCGCACGUUCCACUCAUAAAGUCACCAGGUCUUCGAGUUCCUCCACCUGUACAUCUACCACCAGACAUCCACCCUCUCCCCGAUAGCGUCAUUCCAUACUUCGUCUAUCCAUACACACUAGAACCUCACAUCCUCACAGUCGAGUCUUCUCGGCGCAUGACACUCGCGGCACAUACGGCGAAAAGGGAGGCCUAUCUUCGAGCGAGAGAGGACGAGCGUGAAUGGCGGAGAAAGGAGGCACUCAGGCGUGUCGCACCUGGUUUUGAUCCUGCGGCGACUCUUGUGCCUGUUCGUGCUGAAACUGGUGAGGUUAAGACGGAUGUGAUGGAUCAGCUUGUGGACCAGCUUGCUAGGAUGGAGAAUAGCAGUUGAGUUGCUGAGCAUAUUAAGUAUUUCGUCGGAAAGGACACUUUGACCCAGGACACCGUGCUUUGUGAUUCAAACACUUUUUUAAGGUCUUGUAAUCUAAUUUUUUCUUCUAAUUUCAUUCGAGUAUUGGAUGCGACCACUCGGCCUCCCAAACUCACGGAUCAGCAUAACAUUCACUUAUCUCCAGCAUUGAUCAUAGUAAUCGAAAGGUACAUGCUGGUCUCCCCGGC